UUGCACUUGACGUGAAGCAGAUAUAUUAUAAUCACUCACUACAAGUAAGUGGCAUAAGUUCACGGGGAGCCAAAGGUUGUAACACCCUGUCGUGCUGCAAGGAGAUCUGUGACACUCGUGGCUCUGGAUGCGCCGCCUUUCAGGUCUUCCGGCCAGGGACGGUUGACAAAGAGGGGAACUGUUUUACCUUUUCGGAAUCACAAGCGUGUAAAGCGGGAGAACAGGCGGUCGAUUCAACGUUGUACAUUGUCAAUACAACGUGCAAAAAUGUGGUUUGUGGGGGUGAUAUUGAUAAGUGCAAAUAUGGCGUCUGCUCCAAGAGGGAUUACGGUUUGAGGUCUCGCUGUUUGUGUAACACGGGGUUUACAGGAAGAAGCUGCAACGAAACUGUGCAGUGCAUACCUGAUAAAGUCAACAACGCUACAAUUACCCCUGCACGUCAAACUUACCACUACAAAGACAUUGUGACUUACACCUGUGCUGUUGGAUACGAACUAGAAGGACUCAGCGGCGCAUCUAGCAUCAACAAGAGCUGCCACGCGAAUGGAACAUUUGGUCACAUCCCGCCUUGUGUCGAGGCAGUGUGUCGCGCGUCUGAGCUUGUCGCCAGUCACCUUAUUCCAGAAAAGAUAGGACCGUACAGACGCGGGGAAGACGUGAUAGUGCGAUGCAAAGAGGGGUUUCUUUUUAAUAUUGCCGUCAAAGGAACUGAAAUUCUCAGCUGUUUAGCUAAUGGAACAUUUGCCAUGCCAUUUCCGGUGUGUUUCCCAGCUUGCCCAGACCUCUCACAUGUAGAACAUUCUAUACCUAGUUCCCCCGGACCCUACGCCUUCAACGAGACGGUGACCAUACAGUGCAGCAAGGGUUACGCUUUGGGUGGGGGUGACACAUCCAAAACGCUAAGGUGUAGCCAGAACGGAACAUUUGACACGACACCGGGCACCUGUCACAAAAUUCCAGUUUGCCCAAACCUCUCACAUGUAGAACAUUCUAUACCUAGUUCACCUGGACCCUACACCUUCAACGAGACGGUGACCAUACUGUGCAGCAAGGGUUACGCUUUGGGUGGGGGUGACACGUACCAAAUACUGAGGUGUACCCAGAACGGAACAUUUGACACGACACCGGGCACCUGUCACAGAAUUCCAGUUCCAGAUAAAUCUCAAGUUUCAGCCGGAAUCAUAGCUGGGAUAUGUCUUGGUGGGUGUAUCAUAGCCCUAUGCAUUGGUAUCAUCAUUUUUGUGCGACGGAGAAAACGAAAUACUGUUUUGGAAGAAAAACGAGACAGUUCUGGUGUCAUCACCGAGGCAAGAGAUGAGAAAGACGGUGACAAUCAGGGGGCUAGGCUCUCAGAUCUCUACGCUAAACCGAUCAAAUUUCAAGCCAAUACUUAUACUUCAAGUGCGGAAGAGGCUCCACAAAACACGACGCUCCUUACUCACAAUCCCAGCGAGACUCCCUCAAAGGAACCCGAAUGCUCAACUGACGUUCUUCUGGUAACAAAUUCACUCUAUGACACCGGCACUGAAGACUCUGUAAACAUGGUUGAAAAUAAUUUAUAUGGCUGACUGUUUUGUUUUUUGAGAGUUGUCAUAUAAAAUGUUUGGUACGUGCAGAGCGUACCAGGAAUAUAUAUUAACGAAAAGUUUUACCAACACCGGAAGUUAAGUCUCAUGGAUAACAUAUAAAAUAAACUAUACAAAACCAACUAUUUGCUCACAAACUGCAGUAUGCAUUUUUUAAAGUAAGACAUCCCUCGUUUUCAUUUACUGGUACAUGUACAUAAAGUCAUUGAAAUAUACUUUGGCUUAGAAUGACACAAAAUUAUUUUGAUUUGUAUUUUGAGCAGUUCACCAAUAAUGUGUGGCGUGCGCUAUAGUCAACAUAGAUAUAGGAUAAAGGUGUCGACUUGUGGUUCAGAUUAAUCAGUUGAACGUAUAUUUGUAUCUUUGUUUUAUACAUCUGCAGCGCAAAAAUUUCUAUUAUUACAUAACGAACAGUUCCGAUUUUGAUUAAAAUAUAAAAACAUGUAUCACGAUUCUUGAUCACUGGCAGUUCCAGGAUUUUGAUUGGGGGUCAAAAAUAAAAAAGAUAAAAAAGAUUUUAAAAAAAGAUAAAAAAAGUCAAGGGCAAAUUUACUAUGAAUUUUUGGGCUUUGUUUGUUACACUGAGGGAAGAGGGAAAGUGACAGGACGAGACAAGUGCCCGUAGUGUCACUGGUGAACAUGGUUUUCCCCAUUGUUGGCCAUAAUCUACGGCUUUUAGAUCGAUCUAUCCCCGCGGGGAGUCUCACUAGAUUACUGUCAGAUAAUCCGGCUUAAA